AUGAAUUAUUCACUCAGGGCAAAACAUAAACUUUUGAUGGAGGGCCCCUUAGAACUUUUAGAAUACAAAAUAAAAACAAAAGAAUUAGAGAGAGAUGAAGUACAAAUGAAUAUUUCUUCCAACCUUCAGAGAGUGUAUGAUGAUAUUAAGCACUACAAACCUGUUGAGAAGAAUAUUUUUAGCCAAUUUUUUGCCAGGAAAGAGUCUGCUCCUAAGGGCCUCUAUAUUCAUGGAGCUGUUGGAGGAGGGAAAACAAUGCUGAUGGAUCUGUUUUAUGAAAGUUGUGAAAUUGAUAGAAAAACUAGAGUGCACUUCAAUGCAUUUAUGGGAGAAGUACAUAAAAAAAUGCAUGAGCUGAAACAAAACAUCAUUAUUGAUUAUCAACAACAAAAAGCAAAACCAUUUGAUCCAAUUCCACUGGUUGCUGAUAUUAUAAUAGAAAAUUCCUGGCUUAUUUGUUUUGAUGAAUUUCAAGUUACUGAUAUUGCUGAUGCAAUGAUUUUAAAACGUCUUUUCACUCACUUAUUUGAUAAUGGUGCUGUAGUAAUAGCUACAAGUAACAGACCUCCAGAAGAUUUGUACAAAAAUGGACUACAAAGAUCAAACUUCAUUCCUUUCAUAGGGAUUUUGAAAAAUCACUGUGAAGUAGUUAAUUUGGACUCUGGUACAGAUUACCGUCUGAAGUUUAUGGGCAAUAGAACCAACUUCUUUGUGAAAUCUAAGUUUCCUUUGGAUCCCAUACCAAAAAUAUUCAAAGUCCUUGCAUCCAGAGAAAAUGAUGUAGUACGUAGCAAGGUAUUCAGGAUAUUGGGGAGAAAUGUAGAAUUCAAUAAAGUAUGUGGAGGAGUCCUAGAAACUUCAUUUGAGGAGUUGUGUGGGAGGCCCUUAGGCCCCAAUGAUUACAUACAUUUGACACAUGUUUUCCAUACAAUUAUAAUAAGGGAUAUCCCUCAGAUAGACAUCAGUAGAAAUCGAUCUGAAGCUAGAAGGUUCAUUACACUUAUUGAUGCACUGUAUGAUAACAAAAUUAAGGUCAUAUUCACUGCCGACGUGCCCAUAGGAGAAGUAUUUUUCAUACCAAAGGAUCAACCUGAAGGGAUGAGUGACGAGAACAGAAAGCUGUUGGAUGACUUGGACAUGGGUGAAGAGCAUCUUGAUGUCAAUAUUUUUAGUGGACAUGAAGAAAUUUUUGCAUUUGAUAGAACAGUAUCAAGGCUAAAUGAAAUGCAAAGUGAAGAUUAUUGGAGUAAAAAGAAGAAAUGA